UUGACUUCCAGGGGACCUGCUCUUACAUCAUGGCCACGGUUGUUAAAUCUGAACCUGGCCUCAUCCCGUUCGCUGUCCUGACCAAGAACAACCACAGAGGGAACAAGAGGGUGUCUUUCGUAAGGAAAGUCUCAGUCACAGUCUAUGGGCUGACUGUGGUGAUGAGCACGCAUAAAGGGAAGGUUGAGGUGAAUGGUGAGAAUGUCUACCUGCCUGUGACCCUGGCCGGAGGAAACCUAACGGUGGUGUAUAGUGGCAGCUAUGCUGUUCUGAAGACAAAUUUUGGCCUGAAGGUUAUGUACGACUGGAACAUGAAGUUCUACAUCACUGUCCCCAGCAGCUACUUCCGCACCCUGGGUGGGCUCUGUGGGAACUACAACGGGGAUCGCAAUGACGAGUUCACUAACCCCAAAGGUAACAAGGAACCUACAGUGGUGAAGUUUGCCCAGAGCUGGAGAACUGAAGACGGCGACUUGUUCUGUCAUGAUGACUGCCAAGGGGAAUGUCCUAGCUGCACUCCGGCUCUCCAACAGAAAUACAAGGGAGAGAAGUCAUGUGGUCUCCUGGCCAAAAAAGACGGCCCAUUCGCCAGCUGCCACAAGGUCCUGGACCCAGGCAUGUUCAUGGACAACUGUGUCUAUGACGUCUGCAUCAAUAAAGGCAUCUAUCAGUUCCUCUGUGAGAACAUGAAAAGCUACAAUGAUGCCUGUUUGGCCGAGGGGGUCAAAAUUAGCCCUGAGUGGAGGACAAUCACUGGAUGCUCACUGGAAUGUCCGUCAAACAGCUACUACGAGGCGUGUGGCACAGCUUGCCCUGCCUCUUGUUCAGAUCUAGAUGCCGAAGCAAAGUGCAAGGAACCCUGUGUAGAGACUUGUCAAUGCAACAAGGGCUUUGUCCUCAGUGGAGACAAAUGCGUCUCCAAGGAGAGCUGUGGCUGCUCUUAUGAAGGACGAUACUACCCGUCUGGAAUGAAGUUCUGGGAAGAUGACAAAUGCACAAAGCAGUGUGAAUGCAAUCCAGGAACAGCCAAGGUUGAAUGCAAAGCAACAGCAUGCAAGAAGUCAGAGAUGUGUGGCCUGCAGAGUGGUAAGAGAGAUUGCUACCCAACAUCUUAUGCCACUUGCCAAGGUUCAGGCGACCCCCACUACCGCACGUUUGAUGGCAAGAGGUUCGACUUCCAGGGAACGUGUACUUACGUUCUCUCCAAAUUGGUCAGCAAAGAUGACAAGUCUCUGGCGCCUUUUGAGGUGCUUGUAAAGAAUCAGAAUAGGGGGAGGAACACCGCAGUGUCUUACACAAAGACAGUCACCGUCAUUGUCUUCAAAAACAUCAUCACCAUGAGUAGGGACAACCCUGGCAAAGUAUUGGUCAACAACCAGUAUGUGAACUUGCCAUUUGAUGUAGAAGAUGGCCAACUGUCCAUCUUCCGCAGUGGGUAUUUCGGGGUGGUGAAGACCAAAUUUGGCCUGACACUGAAGUUCAACUGGAACAGCCACGUCUCCCUAACCCUCCCCAGCACCUACUCAAACCUCAUCGGAGGGCUCUGCGGAAACUGGAACGGCCAACGGAACGACGACCUCCUCAAACCAGACAAGAGCCCUGCCAACACCCCAACAGUAUUUGGGGAUAGCUGGAAAGUGGGGAACGACCCUGGCUGCUCCAGCGACUGCGACGGCAAGAAGUGCCCCACCUGUGACCACAGCCUGAUGCUUGAUUACCAAACAGGGAAAUAUUGCGGCAGGAUCACAGACAGAAAUGGUCCGUUCAAGUACUGCCACGCCAAGGUGGACCCCACAGAGUACUAUGAGGACUGUGUGUUUGAUAUGUGUCUGUACCGUGGCCAUGCCUCUGCCCUCUGUAACGCCCUCAGCACCUACACCACUGCCUGCCAGGAUGCCCCUGCCAAGGUGGAACAGUGGAGGUCGGACAGCUUCUGUCCAUCUUCCUGCAAGGCCAACAGCCACUAUGAGGUGUGUGCUUCCGGCUGCCCCCAGACCUGCAGCGGCCUCAAUGAGCCUGAGAGCUGUUGGAACUCCCUGUGCACCGAGGGCUGUGUCUGUGACGACGGCUUCAUACAGAGCGACAGCGAGUGUGUGCCGCUGGCUGAAUGUGGCUGCAUUCACCAAGGCCAAUACUACCAGAUGGGCCAGGUGUUCUUCCCCAGUGGCCAGUGCAAAGAGCGCUGUGUGUGUAAAAAGGAUGGACACAUGGAGUGUAAUGUGAAGUUUGCCUGCGGUCCCAAUGAGAAGUGCCAGGUCCAAGACGGGGUGCAGGCUUGUAUACCCAUGAGCACGGGCACCUGCCAUGUGAGCGGGGCCAGGAGAUUCCACUCGUUCGAUGGCAGCUGCUUCAGCUUACACGGGGACUGUGUGUACAAAAUGUUGGAGGUUGUGGAGAAAGACGGAUCGAUGGCUCCGUUUGUUGUAUCAGUGCAGCAGUUGACCAAAAUUGAUGAUGCAAUGGUGGAUGAUGUUGCAACAAAUCUCCCGCUGUCACUCGGAGAUGGAAAGGUCAGGGCCUACCAGAACGGCAUUAACAUCAUCGUGGUAACAGACUUUGGCUUGAUGGUCACCUACGACACCGUUGCUGGCGCCAUCAUACAGCUUCCAUCCACUUACAAAGGUGUUACCGGUGGUCUCUGUGGCAACUAUAAUGACAAGAAGGAGGAUGACUUCCUGCUGCCCAGUGGGCUGCAGGAGCCGUCUGUGGAGAAGUUUGCAGCGGGGUGGUUAGUCGUUCAGGAAGGGGUCAAAUGUCAGACAGGAUGUGACGGUGGCUUGAAGUGUCCUCCCACCAGUGGACCCCCGCCGGCUUGUAGCAUCAUAAUGCCACCCAAGGGUCCAUUUGCCCAAUGCCAUGCUGUUGUGCCACCACAAGAGCACUUUGAGGAGUGCACGAAGGAGGGUGAGGGUGGGGAUGCCCUGUGCCGCCACUUACAGACGUAUGUGACUUUCUGUCAAGCAUCCGGUGGCCUUGUCAGCAGCUGGAGAUCUGACCAGUUUUGCCCUCUGACGUGUCCAGCUAACAGUCACUAUGAGUUGUGUGCCGACACCUGUUCUUCCACCUGUGACUCUCUGAGUGAGUCUCCCAAAUGCCCACUAUGCCAGGAGGGCUGCCAGUGUGAUGACGGCUUUGUGUUUGAUGGUGGCAAGUGUGUCCUACUGGAGAACUGUGGCUGUGUGGUUGAUGGACACUAUUACAAGUCUGGCCAGUCUGUGAUGCUGGGCAACUGUUCUGAGACCUGCAGCUGUGCAGCAGGAGUAUUCACCUGCAAGAACUCACAGUGCAAAGAGGGUCAGCAAUGUGGGUUGAAGAAUGGAGUCAUGGACUGCUACAGCACAGACCCCUGUGAGGAUACUGAGUGCCGUGAGAAGGAAAACUGUGUUGUGAUGAACAAUAAGGCGGUAUGUGUGGCCCAGUCCAAGGCCACCUGCUGGUUGUUCGGUGACCCUCAUUACAGCACAUUCGACGGCCAGCCCUUCUCCUUCAUGGGCACCUGCUCCUACAUUCUGGUGAAUACGACCGGCAAAGAUCAAUCCCUGCCUCAGUUCAGCAUCCUGACCAAGAACGAGCUGCGCGUCAACUCCAAAGGCUCCUUCCUCAAGUCAGCCAACAUAGACCUGAGUGGUCACAGGAUCACCAUUCUCAGUGGCCAAAGAGGGACAGUGGAGAUUGAUGGCAUUAGGUCUGCCCUCCCUUUGAGUUUGGAGUCUGACAGCAUCAGAAUCACAGAGUCUGGUAUCCAAGGGACCAUCCAGACAGAUGUCGGCCUGAAGAUCACUUUUGACUGGACAGCCUUCUUCAUGGUGACCAUCAGCAGCAGUUACUACGACAACCUCGGUGGUAUCUGUGGCAACUACAAUGGUAACAAAGCAGAUGACUUCACCACUCCCACAGGUGUGCUUUCAUCAAAUACCACGGCGUGGGUGGCAUCCUGGAGUGUUGCCGACGGUGACCCAUUCUGCUGGCACGUCUGUAACAGCAACUGCCCCACGUGCUCAGAUGCAGACCGGGCACUUUACACUGGACCACAGUACUGUGGUUUGAUGACAGACAGAGGGGGCCCAUUUGAACAGUGUCAUAAGAAAGUGCCGGUGAAGGAGUUUGCCUCAAAAUGCCUCUAUGAUGUGUGUCUGAAUGAGGGUCGACAGGAGGUGUUGUGUGAGGCCUUGGCUAACUACGUGGCCGAAUGUCAGCAGGCUGGGGCUGUUGUCUCACCACUGUGGAGAAAGGCCUCCAACUGCCCCCUGGACUGCCCAUACCACAGCCACUAUGAGCUAUGUGGCACAGCCUGCCCUGCUACCUGUGCCGAUCCCAAUGUCCCAGAGAUCUGUUCCAAAGUCUGUGUGGAGGGCUGCCUGUGCAACAAGGGUUACAUGCUCAGCGGUGAACAAUGUGUCAUCAAGGUGUCAGGGUGUGGCUGAAUGAAAAAACUCCUGAACAAAUACGUAAAACCUGUACAUAUCAAGUUUGGAUGCUUAAUUUUCAACUAAACUCUCAUGGCUCCAAAAUAUCCCUUAAAAAUUAAAAUGUCCUGGUUGUAGGCUAGAGCAUUUCGACAUAAAAUCGUAAAAUUACCUUAAAAUGACCUUCUGUAUUUGAUAACAUAUUCCAAACUAUAUAAUGUUGUGAGGGAUUAUGAGUAUUCAUGCAUGGAAUUGUUAUUGAACUCUAUUUUCAUUAAAAUUCAAAUAUAA